AUGCCUUGCGCUUCUCCACAGGACGUGGCGGAAAUUUUGACGGGCGCAUCCACCCUGUAUGAAGCACUCGAAUCGGUGUGCGUGAGAAAUGGCGACAAAUACAUGGAUAUCAUGACACUACUCCCUAAACGCGGCGUUGAUCAUCAGACAGAGGCGCUAUUAAAAGCCAUUUCUCGACUGGCGCCUUCGGACCCAUUCUUGGCGGUGUUCGGUAAAACGAGAGCGCCUGUCAUGUUAUUCUUUGCCCCCACACUCUUGCUGAAGGCGGCGACGUUGCUGGCGGCCCCGCGCACCGAUAUAUAUACCCCCGACACGGAAUGGUGCGCCGUCAGUAGCUUCCUCCUGGCGACACAGAGUGAGCUGCUCGCCUCGCCGGGGCAGCGGGUGGUGCGGGUUGCAGCGCUCCCUGAUCCACCACACAUGCCCUCGAUCAAGCACACGCGUUCAUGGCCAUCAAUUCUCAAGCACCCCCUUUUAGAGGACGUGGUGCAGUUCCCACCCUCUGCUUCUCACCGAACGGAAGUGUUAGACGCGGCCAACUUUGGAUGUGUGAUGUACUUUAUCACAUCUGGACUCGUGCACUUGUUGCAGGUUAUUUUAACGGCCCCAAAACGCUUUGUUUGUGGCUCAGGGACGCUUGGGUUAUGUAGAGAAAUAGUACGCCUGCUGCUCUCACCGACUGUACUAAUUUACGGCUCAAAGGAGAGCAAUCUCCAGAUAGCCGGCGCCUCCCUGCUUGUUGCAGUGCGAGGUGUGCUGGACAUGCGUGAGGCCGUUGGUGAAAUGCGGCAGCAGCUGCUAAUAGAGCAGUGGAUUAUCUCUAUUCGAUGCUGGUUUGAUUUGGCCACUCAGUCUGGCAACGCUGCGUGUAUGCAGUUCCUCUUCCCCUACAUGCUGUCCUGGGACGUGGCGUUAAAUGACUGA